UCGGUCCGGAGACUCAAGAAAGCUUGCAAUCCCUAUAUUAGCUCGCAUUUGGAGAAGAUUGCUUAUCUCUGAAACAUCUCUCGUAACGCUGCUGCCAGGUGGCUCCAGGAGUUUUAGCUCCUCUUAAUUACUCCUACAUGUCCUUCAAGUUUUCUUUUUUUUUUUUUGGUUCCUUAUUCCAGCCCCAUACCGGUGUACGCCGGUAGGAUGCAUUAGAGAAUUCCACGUUCUGACGACUCCAGGUGCGGUGUCUGUUUCAUGCAAGGGGCUCAAAGUGUCCGUGUAAUCUUCUAUCCAUCUCCGCCGUGAGCUCUGACAUUUCUGCGCGCAGUGGAGGAAUGCGCGGAGGACGAUUUUGCUCCAGAGGUUGCUGAGAAGAUGUCUCUGCCGCCAGCGAUAACUGAUGCGAUUUAUGCCCCCAGUGAGCGUCUGCAACGCCUUCCUAAAACCCUGAAAAAAUGAAGUCUUUAGGUGCGGGAGUUGCAUUUGUUGCUUUUGGGCAUGGGGAGUGAAAACAAGGAUACCGUCUGACAGAAGUACCCUUAAAAGUUUACCAAGAAAGUGUUUUACCCCGGGGUUGAUGGGGCAGGGGGGCGAUUGCUUCCUUUCCCUCCCUACUUCGUAAAAUAAGGAAACCUAACCCACUUGGAUCUGGCGUUUUGUGCUGGGAAUAUUGCCCGCUUGCUCGCUGUCUCUGUUUUGUGCUGAUCCUGCGUUUUCAAGACAAGGAAUCACUUAUUUAUUUUCCAGAUGCCAAGAGUCACCCUGGCAGAUCACAUACAUCUUAAUACGAAUCAAGACUGACGGAAGAUACUUUUAAAUCCCUUCCUUUUAGCUUCGGCAUUACACUACUGCAGUAUCAACUUUUUUGAUCACCAUCCCCUCCCCUUAUAAAGGUUUUUUUUUCCCGCAGGUCAUCACAUUUAGAUCACUAGCAGAUAUUUUAAAAAGGAUCCGUUUGGUCAUUUGCGAACUUGUUGAACAUUGUGAAAAGCCGAAUUGCCCCGUGGUCAAAAGCAAAACCAACCAAGACACGUAAAUCUUCAUAAUUGGGCUUGGGACGAGAAGAAAAUGAUGAUUGAUGGAAAACUGACUUUAGACAGCAAAAGCUCAUCAGUUUUCUGGAGAAACUGAUUUAUAAGUGCAUCAAGCCUUCUCUCAUGAGCCCUAGAUAUAGCACCUCUCGGAAAGUCCUCAGCAAAAACGCUAAGUUCCUCCACUUUUGGAAAAACCUUUUCGCAGAUGUACUUCCUGGCUGUAAACAGCUUGUUGCAGAUGGAGAGAUAAACAAAAACAAGACGCUGCUAUCCUAAAGCGAUCAUCCAAGCAGCACACGAGUAUGAUGACACAGAGCCACAACUUGUGAUUUGCUUCAAAUUGGAUUAUUUUCUGAGAUUCCUUGGCUUAUCUUUUGUUCCUAAUUUCAAAUACAGGUAAAAAAUAAACAGCAAAGGAGUAAGAAAUGCAUUUUUCUACUUUUUUUUCGCUACAUACCCUCUGGGUAGCCGUAAACCAUGCAAUGCAGCACUACCCUUCUGUAUGGGGACACUAUGACGUCUGCAAAUUUCAGAUGUAUUCAGAUGAAGGCAUUACCUGGGAUUACAUGGCCUGUCAACCAGAGGCUACUGACAUGACCAAAUAUGUAAAAGUUAAGUUGGACCCGCCAGAUAUCACCUGCGGAGACCCUCCUGAGACUUACUGCGCAUUGGAAAAUCCUUACAUGUGCAAUAACGAAUGUGACGCCAGCACGCCGGAACUGGCACACCCACCGGAGCUGAUGUUUGAUUUUGAAGGACGAAAUCCAACGACAUUCUGGCAGUCAUCCUCUUGGAAAAGAUACCCCAAGCCCCUGCUGGUAAACAUCACACUGUCAUGGAACAAAACCAUCGAGCUGACCGACGACAUAGUACUGACAUUUGAAUCUGGCCGCCCAGAGCAGAUGAUCCUUGAGAAGUCUCUUGACUAUGGGCGAUCAUGGCAGCCUUAUCAGUUUUAUGCUACAGACUGCUUAGAUGCUUUCACGAUGGAGCCCAAAACUGUUUACGAUCUUACUCAACAUACGCUGCUGGACAUUAUCUGUACAGAGGAAUAUUCAAGAGGAUAUGUGUGGAAAUAUGAUAAAACUGUUCGUUUUGAAAUCAAAGACAGGUUUGCCCUUUUUGCAGGACCACGGCUGCACAAUAUGGCCUCUCUUUAUGGGCAGUUGGACACAACUAAGAACCUUAGAGACUUUUUCACUGUAACUGAUCUCAGAAUAAGACUGCUAAGGCCAGCCACGGGAGCCACAAUGGUGGAUGAAAAUAAUUUGUCAAGAUAUUUCUAUGCUAUUUCUGAUAUAAAGAUACAAGGAAGGUGCAAGUGCAACCUUCAUGCCAACACCUGUGUGUAUGACGGAGGAAAACUGUCUUGUGAGUGUGAGCAUAACACCACAGGUCCAGACUGUGGAAGAUGUAAGAAAAAUUACCAGGGUCGUGCUUGGAGCGUUGGCUCCUACCUGCCAAUCCCUAAGGGAACUGCGAAUAUCUGUAUUCCUAAUAAUCCUGGCCCAGUUAACUGUGAAUGCUUCGGCCACUCCAAUCGGUGCAGUUACAUCGACCUGCUAAAUACUGUCAUUUGCGUGAGCUGUAAACACAACACUAGAGGUCAGCACUGUCAGUUAUGCCGGCUUGGCUUCUACAGAAACACUUCCGCAGAGCUGGAUGAUGAAAAUGUUUGCAUAGACUGUAAUUGUAAUCCCUUUGGCUCAGUCACUGAUCGCUGUAGUGGCACGGGAGUUUGUGAAUGUAAGAAGGGAACGACAGGGCCUAAAUGUGAUGAAUGUCUUCCAGGAUUUAUAUGGCACAAUGGAUGCCAACCCCGUGUCUGUGAUGAGCUUCUGCGUUGCCAGAAUGGUGGAGUCUGCCACAAUCAUCAACGCUGUCAAUGUCCCGCCGCCUACACUGGAAUCUUAUGUGAGAAGAAACGGUGUGAGGAUGAGCUCGGAGGUUGUGACCGCUCCAGUUCUGGCCAGGGGGCACUCUUUGCUCCUAAAUUAUCUGUUCUUGUGCUGCCACUGCUGCUGACUGCACUGUUGCAAGGGUCUUGUUACCCCCUAACUCUCUAAGUGCUGAUGAACUUGUGUGCUGGCUUCAGCCUCCACAGAAUCGGACCUUCUUUAUGGAUGGAAUGUGCCAGAGAGAAAGCAAAAAUCAACAAAACAAAUUCAUUCAUUAAGAAGAAGAAAAAAAUGAUAAUAGACAACUGAAAAUAAGAAAAGCAAAAUUAUACAAUGAAGCUGACAUCGCAAAAAUUAAAAAAAAAAAAAAAUUACAAAGGCCGGUGAACUAAGCCAUAACUUAAAUUAUUUUCCUGGAGAGAAGACUGAAGACCAAGGACGUUCUUCUGCCUCAUCUAGGCAGCCGCAGCAAUUUCUGCAAUCGCAAAGCAAACGGCAGGGCCACUUUGGGUCGCUUCUGAAAACCUUGAGCAAGUUUGCUUUUGGCUAGUCUGACGCAGUGCAAUACAGAACUGUCCAACGUGCGUGUGUGUAUGUGUGUAUAUGGACCAACCAAACAAAGGCAUUCUUUGCUGUCAGUGCAUUGUGGAUAUAAGAAAUCCAUUCAGACUGCCACCUUGGACCCUCUAAAGUCCCAAAACCCUGUAUAAUCUGUGCUUCUUGUGAACGUUGCUCUGUAACCCUUGUUGGUUGAAAGAUUUCUUUUGUCUGAUGUUAGUGAUGCACAUGUGUUAUAGCCAACCCCUCCCUCCACAGCCCCACCCCUCCGCAAAAGCAAGUCCAAAUUAAUCAUAGUAUUGUCUAUCGUAGGGGCACUGCGGUACUCGGACGCUAGUGCUCACCUGAAGAGAGGAACAAACAGAAGAGGUUAUAGAAAUGUCAAUGUAAUUUAUUCUUUUGUAUACAAAGUUAUUUUCUUGAAAGACAAAAAUGUAAUAUGUAGAUUCUUUUGUAAUACUGACAAGUUGUGUUAAAGAGGCAACAUGUUAAUAUAUCUAAUCCUAAGUAAAUAGAAGAAAUGUUUUAUUUUGUGAAAAUUUGUUUUAAUUAUUUUAUUUUUUUGUUUCAGAGAUUCCUCUGUAUUGGCAACGUGCUGGCAUCAAAGAAUAUCAGUUUACAUAUAUACUAAAGUGUAAUAAGAUUCCACCAAAGGACAUUCUAAAUGUUUUCUUGUUGCUUUAACACCAGGAAAUUUAAGUGAAUAAUAAUAAAAAAAAAGUUCUGCAUAAAUUGUGUUUAUUAU